AUGGCGACUUACAAUGUUCUCACCUUUGACGCAGAGGGCCGCCCGAUCGAAUUUGAGACCUGGUUAGACGACCUUAGGCUCUACCUUCAGUGCGAGUCUAAGGAUCGUGUGUCCCUGUUCGCUCAUACGUCUGGUAGCGCUGCCGCCCCUGCAGACACUGCUGACGCUGACACUCUCGUAGCUCGCUACAGCUCGCCUGCCACUGCUGCGCUAGGCCGUCUUAUCCUGCCCUACCUCUUUCCUGACCUGUCCGCCUUUCCUACAGUCGCUGAUCUCAUCACCCACCUCCGCACUAGCGACACUCGGGUGCGUGCUGCGACCCCUGCCGACUUCCUCACCAAGAACCCUCCCCCUAUCCACUACACCCUCUACCUCCUAGUCACUCGCCUCCCUGACUCUCUUCGCGCUGGGUGUUCCCCCUCUCCCCUCCUCCCCUCUGUCGCCACUGCUGCUGCUGUCGACCUCCUUGGUGCUGAGGAGGUUGGGGUUGCGUCUGCUUCCAGUGGCAGGCGCCGCAGCGGCAAGGGGAAGGGCGGCAAGGGUGGUGGGGGUGGUGGGGGUGGAGGCGGUGGUGGAGGCUCGGGUGGUGGCGGCGGGGGUGGUGGGAGCGGCGGGGGUGGGGGUGGGGGUGUUGGGGUCGGUGGUGGUGGCGGCAGUGGGGGGGCAGCGGCGGAGGUGCGGCGGUGUGGGAGUGGCAGCGGCGUCGGUGGCGGUGGACGCAGUGGUGCGGCCCGGCACAGCGGCUUUACAGGCAGCCAGGCACAGCAGCAGCAGCGCCAGCGCCUGCCCCGUACGCCGCAGGAACUUCGUACCUUCGGGAGGUUGCACACCCAGCACCGCUGCUUUUCCCGCCUUAGUGGUGCCUGGCGUGCUCAGUUUCCUGACUCCUCUGAGAUGACCAACUGGGCUGAGCUGCUUAGGAGGGGAGUAGAGAUCUUUGAUCUUGACUAUGAUGCUAUCCUUGCUGCCAUGUAUGCAUUGACUAUUAGUGAUGAGGGUGACUGUUACCUGUGUGUUCCGCCAGACCCUGGUAUAGAGGUUGCUGCUCCAGUGCUUUGUGAGUCUGUUGCCCUUGGUGCUUGUGAGUCUGCUGCUCUAGGUGCUAGUGAGUCUGCUCUCUCAGGUACUGCGCCUACUGAGGCCUUGUACACUUUCACGCUAGACUCAGGUGCCUCCCGCUGCUUCUUCCGCGACAGCACCACAGUCACACCGCUCUAUGCACCGGUUCCCGUCUCCCUUGCUUACCCCUCUGGGGAACCUGUCCUUGCACGUUCCUCCACUGUCCUCCCCUGUCCGGCGUUCCCGGCUGGCUCACUUACAGGUCUCCACCUCCCCUCGUUCUCCACGAACCUGGUGAGUAACGCCGUCAUCCAGGAUGAGUGGGUUGACACCUUCACCCCUGGAGGACGUCGUGUGGCGAUCUGCACGUGUGCCCGCACGGGCCGCCACCUGGCCACGUUCACCCGUCGGCCUGGGUCGAGUCUGUACACCCUGACUGUCGGGUCUCCCCAGGUUGCUGCUACUGGUCAGGUGUCCUUGUCCGGACUGCAGUCUGCCCCUUGCUUGUGUCGUCGCCUGUCGCACCAGACUCUCCUCUGGCACCACCGCCUUGGUCACCCCUCUCUGCCACGCCUCCGUGGCAUGCACUCCCGUCUGCUUGUCUCUGGUCUUCCCCAGUCGCUGCCGUCGCUCCCACGCUCGCCUGCCCCGCCGUGUCUCCCUUGUGUCGAGGGGCGGCAGCGCGCCGCUCCUCACUCCUCCUCGUUUCCCCCGACAGACGCUCCCCUGCAGACUCUCCACAUGGACGUGUGGGGCCCAGCCCGCGUCCAGGGACAGGGCCGCGAGCAGUACUUUCUGCUGGUUGUUGACGACUACUCGCGGUACACCACGGUCUUCCCCUUGCGCAGCAAGGGUGAAGUCCCUGCUAUCUUGAUCCCUUGGAUCCGCGCUGUUCGUCUCCAGCUCCGCGACCGUUUCCAGACGGACUUUCCCGUCCUACGUCUGCACUCUGACAGAGGUGGUGAGUUUUCCUCCGACCUCUUGCAGGACUUUUUCAUGGAGAUCGCUCGCACCUCCAUGAUCCAUGCGGCUGCUCCCCAUUUUCUGUGGCCGUUUGCGGUCCGGUACGCCGCGCGUCAGCUCAACCUCUGGCCCCGUGUCUCCUUACCGGAGACUUCGCCCACACUGCGUUGGACGGGGAAGGUUGGCGAUGCGUCGCGCUUCCGGGUCUGGGGCUCUCGUGCCUUUGUCCGCGAUACCACCACGGACAAGCUCUCCGCUCGCGCCAUUCCCUGCGUCUUCCUUGGCUUCCCCCCUGACGUGCCUGGCUGGCAGUUUUACCACCCCACCUCGCGCCGUGUUCUGUCCUCUCAGGACGUCACGUUUGACGAGUCGGUUCCCUUUUACCGUCUCUUCCCCUACCGCGCUGCCUCUCCCCCCCCCCCCCCCCCCCGCGCUUCCUCGCUCCAGGUCCGCCCCCGGUAG